CUAGCAAUAUUUACCAUCUUCUAUGUGACAUACUAGUACUAGUACUAUAUAUAUAGAUAGAAGUUUGGUCUACAAAUAAUAUUCAUGCAUUCACAUACCAAAUUAACCUAUACUACAACACUACUAUUACACGAGGAAGAAAAAACUUGUAAAACGAGCUAGCUACAUACGUCUAGUACAUAUAUAUCUUGAAAAUAAGGUAAACAUAUAUGGAAGGUGAUAAUAAUAACAAAGGAAGUUCUUCGUCUAAUAAGUAUAGAGGUGUACGAAGGCGUCCAUGGGGGAAGUUUGCGGCGGAGAUACGUGAUCCGAAGCGAAAUGGUGCUCGAUUGUGGCUAGGGACGUAUGACACGGCCGAGGAGGCGGCUCGAGCUUACGAUAGGGCGGCCUUUGCGUUAAGAGGUCACCUUGCAAUACUUAAUUUCCCUAAUGAACAACACUAUCAUUCUAGUGAUGUUAGUUCAAAUAAUGUUUUGGGAAGAGGUAGUAGGGGUGGAAAUUCUUCUUCAUCAUCAUUGUCUAGGGAACAUCAAGUGGAUCAAAGAGAAAUAAUUGAGUUUGAGUAUGUUGAUGAUAAUGUGUUAGAGGAACUUCUUGAUACACAAAAAGACUAGAUGGAUGGUACGUAGAUACUUAGCAUUUAGUAAUUAGCACGCAGUUUUUUUUAUAUCUUUUAUCAAAUAAAUUGCAUCUUUUUCAUGA